AUGGCGGUGCUCACGCUGACGCCAUACAACGCUGAGGCCAAGCUUGAAUUCUUCAGAGUCGCAGACUGGCUACAGAAGCAAGACGCUACAGACGUCGCACGAGUCCACGCCAGGAAAUAUAUAUACAUUCGUGACGAGCCUGUACAGGAUGUGGGCGUGGCGCAGAUCCUUCGGCGGCGCUUGACUGGCAUAGUCUCCCGUUCACCGUCCUCAUCCCCUCCAGGCCAGCAGCCUCACUCGACCUCGCCCGUCAGAAGUGUUGAUAUUUGGUCCGGCUUCUACUACCUCGACUUGGGCGAGCCGCCGUUUAAUCCGAAGCGAGGUUGGGUCGCAGGGAGACUCCGGCCAAACCAAAAACCAAACGACCUGGUUCUGUCUGUUUCUCAAGAUCCGAACGUUAUGGUCCGUCAAACCCACGCCGUUUUUCAGCUCAGCGAUAUGGGAUCCUUCACUGUCCAUUCAAGGGCAAACAUGGCUACUGUCAAUGAAGAGACGCUAGCGGACCUCGACGGCCCGUAUUACUUACAAGAUACCAACGCUAUCAUGACAUUUGGCUAUCUAAAGUAUCGCGUUGCUUACAGCCCCUUUUGGGGGUCUGAUAAAUACCAGCCUGCUGCCGAAAAAUACCUGAAUCUCAUUGGCAAGCAACAAAAUGUCUUAUGGAAAUACUUCGAGACACCUUGGGGAGAGACCCCUAUUAGGAUCGGCGAAUGGAGAAUCUCCAGCUCUGGCACCGUCGCUACGGGCGGCUCAGGGCGGGUGAGCAUCGGCUCCAAUUCCGCGGGGCAGGUGGCAGCUUUGAAGCGCAUCUCGAUAAGCAAUUCCCAGUCCCGGUAUGGCGUCGCCGCUCGGCGAGAUACGAUACGCAAAAUCACGCACCUUGCUCAAAAAGCAGGUGAAGAUCGCGUGCUUUUACUGCUCGAUAUCAUCGAUGACGAUCCUUCUGGGAGCAAUCGGGCAGUAGACACCUGGUUUGUCCUACAACCUGUCGUCCCGGAAACCUUGGUGAAGACAUGCAAGCGUUGGUUUCAGAAGGACCAAAUGAGCAAACUGAAACUAGUCAAAACGGUCAUGAUUGAGAUCCUGGGGGCGCUGCAGUUUCUUCACUCAAAUAGGUGGAUGCAUGGUGACUUGAAGCCAGGCAACGUCGGCAUAAGAGAUCCGAAGGCAGACCAGCUGGAGAUUGUCCUUAUAGACAUGGACGAAGCAACCCCGGUGCCAUCGACUGGCAAGGUUCAGUGCAAUCCUGAAAGUGGCGGUACCCUCGGCUGGAUCUCUCCAGAGAGAGAAAUGGCAGACUACGACGAGAGCUGCGAUCUUUGGUCGUUGGGCCUGUUGGCUGUCUGGCUGAUCAACGACGGCAGGCACCCGUGGAAAUUUUCUGUCAAUCCCUGGCAGAGCUGGAAACGUGGCAGGACAUUGACAGAGAGCUUGCCACUACUAUACGAGGGCUUCUUUGUCAUCCCUAUGCUAGAACAGCCGAACAGCAAAAGCCAAGACUAA